UAAAUGGUAUUAUGGUGAAUGAUAUAAGAGCCAUAGCCAGGCCAAGGGGAUCAUUACAUCGUCAAUAAGCUACAAUGGCCUCCUCCAAAGUCUGGUUUAUAACGGGGACGUCCUCAGGAUUCGGAAGGUCUAUGACGGAGUAUGCACUCAGCCAAGGCGACAUCGUAGUAGCGACCCUCCGCAAACCGCAAGUCCUGUCCGAUCUCACAGCCCGAUACUCAGCAGACAAGCUCCUCGUACUCAAAGUCGAUGUUACGAAGCAAGAGGACAUCGACGAAGCAUUCGCGCGCACACGUUCAGCGUUCGGACGGCUGGACGUAGUGUUCAACAAUGCCGGAUAUGGAGUUUUCACAGAAAUCGAAGGCACGCCUGAUGAUGAAGCGCGUGAGCUUUUCGAGACAAAUUUUUGGGGCGCGGCGAAUGUUAGUCGUGCUGCUGUGAAGUUUUUUAGGGAGGUAAACCAACCAGGCAAGGGAGGGAUACUUCUUCAAAUCAGUUCGUCUACUGGGUUUCACGCAUUUCCUGGGUUUGGUUAUUAUGCUGCGUCAAAACAUGCGCUGGAGGGUUUUUCAGAUGCUCUCGCGAAAGAGCUGCCAGAUUCCUGGAACAUAAAUAUCUGCAUCAUUGAACCCGGGGCAUUCCACACAGACGGAAACAGAGGGAUAGUGGUAUUACCGCAGCAUCCAGCAUACGUCGACGAGUCCUUCCCGACUUCCGUGUUGCAUCGGGUAAUGAAGAGCCCGGUUUUGGAAGGAGAUCCACACAAGCUCACGCGGACUGUGUAUGAGGUUGUGCAGGGAGGAAAGAUACCUAAGCGGUUGCCUAUGGGUUUGGAUGCGCUUGAGAUGCUGAAUCUUAGGAUUGAAGAUUUAAAGGCGACUGUGGACGAUACGAAGAGAUGGUCGGUGGAUUUGAAGAGAGCUGAUGGGGGGUCAGACACCCGCUCUACUUGAUCCAUAUGAGCCUCGUCGAAGUUGUGUUCAAUAUGCAGACUUAUGAUUGUUUUUGUUUUGGCAUGAAUUUGGUUUCUUCAAUGCGCUGACGUAGCGACCGAGUUAGCAUUAGUGACGU